AUGGCGUGUUCUCCCGCCCUUCCCAUUGGCCGCCGCCUGCCCGCCGCGGGGGUCGCGCUGCUGCACCCAGGGGCCGCCCUGAUUGGCCGCAGCCCUGGCCAGGCCCCGAUUCCAGUGGGCGGUGUGCCUUGGCAAUAUGGCGGGUGUCCGUCCUUUUGCACCUUUUCCACCGUUUCCACCACAAGCCCAUUCCUCCCCUCCAUCACGGUGGGACUAACCGCAAACCAUGGGCCCAGCCGAUGGGCGGACUCUCCUGCUCCACGGCUCAUCGUCAUCUUUCGCUUCCAGACCACCCCCGUCAAGAACCCACCAGACGGGCGCUCUUACGCCAGCCCUUCCGGCAAGCUUGGCCUCUGCCGGCUAGGGAUUUUGCAGCGGCGCCGCUUGGGGACUGCAGGUUCCAGACGGUGUGCUUUUGCCCUUGGCGAUCCCCAGUGGAUCAGCUGCCCCAUCGCUGCGCGUUUCCUCCCGGUGCUCCCUUCCCUGUUAAUAAUGAUGGUCCAUCGUUGUCAUGGCCUUUUGGCGCAGGAUAUCAUUCUGAUCGGCCUGCAUUAA